CACUGACCGGAACACCGGCAGUGUUGCGAAGUUGGCCUUCUCAGUCCCAGCUUGGGCGGUCCCUUGGAAAGUGGCUGUCCCGGGCCUGGGGGCGGGGCCAGUGCUCGUCUCCGAGCUCUAGAGGUUCCGCUGAGAAUUGAGAAGCGCGGCGGCAGCAAGACGCCUUCUCUGGAGCCGCCGAGCUGGAGUUGGAAGUGGAGCUCCGUGGGGCUGGGCCCCCGGCUGCGGGGCAGCGGCUCCUGCAGCCUGAGGCCUGGGCGGAGAAUGAGAAAGAGCCAGAGACGGUGGCGGUCUCCCAGCCGAGCGGUGGGACCGGGAGCAUGCUGCGGUGGUUCACCACUGUGAUCCUGUUUUCUUCCUUCCUGGGGCUGGGAUUGAGUGUUGCUAUACUCGGACCCACGUUUCAAGAUUUGGCAACAAAUGUGAACCGAAAUAUCAGUAGUCUGUCUUUCAUUUUUGUGGGUCGUGCCUUUGGAUAUUUGAGUGGCUCUGUGAUUGGUGGAGUUCUUGUUGACAUCAUGAAUCAUUUUUUACUUUUGGGAGUGUCAAUGUCGGCUACCACAGUUGGUCUUUAUCUUGUUCCUUUUUGCAAGAAAGCAGUAUUACUCACUGUCAUGAUGUCUGUCUUUGGUGCUUCAAUGGGCAUUCUGGAUACAGGUGGUAACGUCCUUGUCUUGGCUCUUUGGGGGGACAAAGGAGCCCCACAUAUGCAGGCCUUACACUUCUGUUUUGCUUUGGGUGCCUUUUUGGCUCCACUGCUAGCUAAACUGGCAUUGGGUCCGACAGUGUCUGCUGAAAACCACACAGAGUCUAACUUUCAUCGUCCUGCACUCAACCAGUCAUCUGAUGCUGACUCAGGAGUUCUGUUUGGAGUACCUAAUGAUAUGACUUUACUGUGGGCUUAUGCUGUUAUCGGAACUUACAUGUUCGUAGUUUCUGUCAUUUUGUUUGCUCUGUUUUUAAAGAAUAGCUCAAAGCAGGAAAAAGCAAGAGUGUCUGCUCAGACAUCUCGAAGAGCAAAAUAUCACAAUGCCCUUCUUUGUCUCCUUUUUGUGUUCUUCUUUUUCUAUGUUGGAGCCGAGGUAACCUAUGGCUCUUAUGUUUUCUCAUUUGCAACCACUCAUGUUGGCAUGAAAGAAAGUGAAGCCGCUGGGUUGAACUCCAUCUUCUGGGGGACAUUUGCAGCCUUCAGGGGCCUGGCAAUCUUUUUUGCUACAUGCUUACAACCUGGAACCAUGAUCGUGUUGAGCAACAUUGGCAGCCUGACUUCAUCUUUAUUUCUGGUGCUUUUUGACAAGAACCCAGUUUGUCUCUGGAUAGCAACUUCAGUGUAUGGGGCCUCAAUGGCAACCACAUUUCCUAGUGGUGUUUCUUGGAUUGAACAGUACACGACCAUCCAUGGGAAAUCUGCAGCAUUUUUUGUAAUUGGUGCUGCCCUGGGAGAAAUGGCUAUUCCUGCGAUGAUUGGAAUUCUUCAAGGAAAAUACCCUGAUUUGCCUGUAGUGCUCUAUACCUCUUUGGGAGCCUCAGUAGCCACUGGUGUUUUAUUUCCUGUGAUGUAUAAAUUAGCCACUUCACCUCUUAAUCGCCAGCGAAAAGAAAAUAGAAAGAGUGAGGACCAGAAAGCUUUGCUUUCUAGCUCCGGGCUAAAUGAAUAUGAGGAAGAGAAUGAAGAGGAGGAUGCAGAAAAAUGGAAUGAAAUGGAUUUUGAAGUGAUUGAAAUGAAUGAUACAAUGAGGCAUUCUGUAAUAGAGACAUCUGGAAAUAGUUUGACGUCCACAGCUGAAAUCUGUAACCACCCAUCAAAUGCAGUGGUGUUUGAGUCCUCUCCUGUUAAUACUGGCAACUCCCAUGUGAAGCACUUGUCUGAAACCAGGACUGACAUCCCUAAAUAAUUGCCACUUCUAAGGAGGCCAUUGAGAGCAGAGCAUUAGCAGAAUUUCACCAUGCCUUGGGAAUUAAAAUUUCUAGGUCCAAUUAUAGUGAAUGCUAAAAAGUUUUGAAAUGUUCUGUAAUUCCCAGAGUCUUCCAUCAGUAACCAAAUGGUCUCAAACACGUACAUUGGGAUCUUGUUAUAAGGCUAGUAUUUGGCAUGUGACUGAUUAGGAAAUAUUUUAUGGUCUCUACCCCUCAGAGCAUGCAAAGAGGCGUUUGUGUUUGAGAAGUUGGGUAUUGUUCUCAUAGAAUGAGACCAUGUAGGAGGUGAAUUCAUUGGUUGAACAAAUUAUCAGGUAUCAGUACUUUGCCAGGAAAGUUGAGAAUAGUUUUGUAAAAGAGAAAUGGAGAGAUACUAUUAUUAAUUGCUUUCCUUAUCUGUAGGGUUGGAUCAUAGAAUGCUUGUGACUUAUUUGAUUUCUCAUUUCAGUGAAGAAAACACAGAACAGGGCCAAGGGGCCUGGCUUCAAGCCUUGACUCCUAGCCUUUCACUCUCACUUAACAUAGGCCUCAUUUUUCUCUCCUCCUGAUCGGUGAUUCUAGAAAUGAAAAUGAGAUGAUUUCCAAAUUGGGAAUCCAUACGUUUUAAAGUUUGUGCAAAAUGUCUGCUAGAAAUCAGUACAAGUGCCCCCUCCUCCCCGUUCUUCAUUUCAAAUGAGAAGUGAAACCAAAAUGAUAAAUAGCUUUAAGAAUGUGCUAAUGAAAAGAAAAAAAGACAAAAAAAAGUGCUAAUGAUAAAUGAUUACAUGUCAAUUUAAUGUACUUAAUGUUUAAUACCUUAUUUGAAUAAUUACCUGAAUUUAGUACUGUAUUUCAUUGACUCGUAAGUUGUAGUUUUUGUCCCCACACUUUUAAUGUCUCUGAAAUCAGGACAUGUCUUACAAUCAGUGAUCAUUUAACUUUGUGACAAAGUUCAGUUGGCAUUUUUUCCCCAUAUGUAUAUAUAAAAUAAUGUGUUUUACAAUCAGUGGCUUAGAUUCAGUGAAAUACAGUAAUUCAUUCAAUUAUGGAGAGGAUACUAUCUUUACAGACACUUUAAAAAGAAGUUAUUUUUAUAUGCUAAUAUUCUGUGUUCAAGUGGGAUUUGGACACACUAUGUUCUAAUUUUAAAAGCUGUUUCAGAGUUACAUUAGGAGUAGGGCUGUAGAUGGAGUCUUUUGAGGUCCUUUGCCUACCUCAGUAACAGAGCCUGGGUCUGAGCCUUGCUCAAGAUUAGCCCUUCACCAUCUGGGUGGUGAUCAUAUCGUAAUUACUGUAAACCAGUUGCAAAUGUAAUUUACAGUGAGGCAGUCUUUUCCAGUGAUUGGAAUACUUGUGUCACCCAUUCAGGGUUUCUCCUUCCUGAGUUUGAAAUACCUGGGAAACCAAAGUAAAGAUUAGAAAGUGACUUGGUGGCUUAGGAGUCAAGGAUCAGAAAGGGUAUUUCCUGUGUGCAUGGCAAAAUUGGUGCAGGCAGUCCUUUGAAAAAUGCCUAGAAUUGAUGAAAUUUUGUUUACUUCCCCCAGUUUUAUGCUGAAUAACAUCUAAUUUCUACCUGAUUGGAGUAGUUGUGCUUUCUUUUACUUAAUUUCUGUAAAUGUGCAAUUGUUUUUGUCUCAAGUAAAAUACAGCAUCUUUCUUGACCACUGCCCAUUCACCUUAUAUGCCUGCCACAAUGUUGGUUCAUGUAAUGACCUAACAACUUUGGAGAGGGCUCGUAGAGAAGUUAAUGGUUAAAACCCUCUUACUCUUUUUAUUUCUUUUUUGGGGGGGUGGGUGGGUGGAGGACGGUGUCUCUCUCACUCUUACCAUCUAGGCUGGAGUGCAGUGGCAUGAUCUCAGCUCACUGCAACUUCUGCCUCCCUGGUUCAAGCGAUUCUCCUGCCUCAGCCUCUUGAGUAGCUGAGAUUACUGGCAUGCGCCCCCAUGCCCAGCUAAUUCUUGUAUUUUUAGUAGAGAGGGUUUACCAUGUUGGCCAAGCUGAUCUCAAACUCCUGAUCUCAAGUGAUCCACCCACCUCAGCCUCCCAAAGUGUUAAGAUUACAGGUAUGAGCCACCACACCAGCCCUUCUGCUCCUUUGUACUGUACUUUUCCCGUUAGAACUCGGAAAUUACUUCUGCUUCACUUAACUGCUUUUUCUCAGGUUGUUGGAAACUAGGCAGUAGCAGUUACUUGGCAGAAUAGGAAUUCCACCUUCAGCAUUUACUGUUACAGGGUAGAAGAUGCAGCUCAGGGAGAGGAUGAUGAUGAUAAGAAGAUGGAAGAAAAUUUCAAAAUCCACACUGGAAAAUUCACUAUGGUUUCACAAACCAAAAUAUGAAUGGUCGUGUGAGAUCAUAGGCAUUGUUAAAGUUCCAUAUUGGAAGGAAAAGACUUAGUACAAUUCUAAGAAUUAGCAUUCAUCCUACUGAUCAGUUCUUAGGUAAGUGUCUGCUGAUACCUGACUAACAAAUACCCAAGUAUUUUGUUGCUGGGUAACACAUAACAAAUUGAACACCUUAAAACAACAGACAUUUACCAUCUCACAGGGCUGCUUAUAGGGUUUCUUACUCUUGUAGACUGAGUUCCCUGUUUCUUGCUGACUGUCAGCUGGGCACCACUCAGCUUCUGGAAGCCUCCCACAGUUCUGUGCCAUGUGGCCCACUCACAGAUGCCUCUCACAACAUGGCAGCUUCCUCAAAGCAAGCAGGAGAAUCUCCAAAUGCGUCUUAGAUGACGUUAUGUCAUUGUGGGAGUAACAUCCCAUUGCCUUUACCAUAUUCUAGUAUCUAGAAGCAAGAGUAGAGGCCAGCACGGGGAUGUGACUCAUUGGGGAUUGCCUUAGUCUGUCUGCCACAGUCAGGUACCUGUAAAAUAGAGAUUUUCAAAAGAGCUAAAAGCUGUGAGCUAAGAGCAGGGUAUGAUGGCUCACACCUGUAAUCCCAGCUACUCAGGAAGCCAAGGUGGAAGUAUCCCUUGAGUUCAGGAAUUUGAGACCAGCCUGGCAAUAUAGCGAGACCCUGUCUCUAAAAAUUUAAAGAGACCCCUUCUCUAAAACACAAAAAGCCAACAACUAUGAGCUGGGGGAGAAAAGCUUCAGCAAUCACUGAACGUGAUUACAGGUACAGCUAGUAUGGGGAUGGAAUAUGACCCAUUACCCAGGCCGACAAUUCUUAUAUAGGAGAAUCUUUUUUAUGUUUGUAGGACAGUGGGUGAGUUAACUCAAGAGUUAUGCCUCUUUUUUUUUUCCUCUCAAUAUUUUAUUUCCCUUAUCACUGUGCUUUUAACCUAUUAAAAUGCAGUUGAGGCCAGGUGUGAUAGCUCACACCUAUACUUCUAGCACUUUGGGAGGCCAAGGUGGGCAGAUCACCUGAGGUCAGGAGUUUGAAUCAGCCUGGUCAACAUGGCAAAACCCUGUCUCUACUAAAAAUACAAAAAUUAGGCCGAGCGUGGUGGCUCAUGCCUGUAAUGCCAGCACUUUAGGAGGCCAAAGCGAGUGGAAUGCCUGAGGUCAGGAGUUCAAGGCUAGCCUGGCCAACAUGGUGAAACCCCAUCUUUACUAAAAAUACGCAAAUCAGCUGGGUGUGGUGGUGCAGCUGUAAUCUCAGCUUUUCAGGAGGCUGAGACAGGAGAAUUGCUUAAACCUGGGGGGCGGAGGGUGUAGUGAGCUGAGAUCGAGUCACUGCACUUAAGCCCCAGCCUGGGACAGAGCAAGACUCUGUCUCAAAAAAAAAAAAAAAUAGCCAGGCGUGGUGGUGCACACCUUUAAUCCCAGCUACUCAAGAGACUGAGGCAGGAGAAUUACUAUAAUGACCCUACUGUGCUGUUGAACCCCAGAACUUACUCUUUCUGUUUUUUAUAUGUAUUUUUUUAAGACAGAGUUUUACUCUUGUUUCCCAGGCUGGAGUGCGAUGGCAUGAUCUCGGCUCACUGCAACCUCUGCCACCCAGGUUCAAGCAAUCCUUAUGCCUCCGCCUCUCAAGUAGCUUGGAUUACGGCAUCUGCCACCAUGCCCAGCUAAUUUUUGUAUUUUUAGUAAAGACAGCGUUUUACCAUGUUGGUCAGACUGGUUUUGAACUCCUGACCUCAGGUGAUCCGUCCACCUUGUCUUCCCAAAAUACUGGGAUUAUAGGUGUGAGCCACCAAACCUGGCUUCUGUCUAACCAUAUUUUUUUACCCAUUAACCAACUCUUUUGACCACCACUCCACCCUUUCCAGCUUCUAGUAACCAUCAUUCUACUCUGCCUCCCGGUCAUCAGUUUUUAAAGCUUUCAUAUGAGUGACAAUAUGCAAUACUUGUUUUUCCGUGCCUGGCCCGUUUCACUUAACGUAAUGACCUCAGUUUUAUCCAUGGUGCAGCAAAUGAUGACAAUGUUUCAUUCUUUUUAUGGCCAAAUAGUAUUUCAUUGUGUAUACAUACCACAUUUUCUUUAUCCACUUAUCUAUUGAAGGAUACUUAGGCUGAUUCCAUAUUUUGACUAUCAUGAAUAGUGCCGCAGUAAACAUGGGCAUGUAGCUGUGUCUUUGAUAUACCGAUUUUCUUUCUUUUGGAUGUAUAUCCAGCAGUGGGAUUGCUGAAUCACAUGGCAGAAGUAUUUUUAGGUUUUUGAAGAACCUCCAUGUUGUUUUCUACUUGUUAAACUAAUUUGCAUUCCCACCUGCAGUGUACUAGUGGUCCUCUUAUCCUUUCCAGUAUCUGGUUUUUUUUUUUUUGUCUUUUUGAUAAUAGUCAUUUUAGGUGGGGUGAGAUGAUAUUUCAUUGCGGUUUUGAUUUGCAUUUCCCUAAUUAUGAGUGAUAGAUACUGAGCAUUUUUUAUUUUUAAAUUUUAUUUUAAAAAAUAGAGACAGGGUCUCAUUAUGUUGCCCAGGCUGGUCUCAAACUUCUGGCCUCAAGCAAUCCUCCCACAACCUCUCAAAGUUCUGGGAUAACAGGUGUGAGCCACUGUGCCCAGCUUGUAGUAUUUUUUAGGUUUUUUUUUUUGAGAUGGUGUCUUGCUCUGUCACCCAGGCUAGAGUGCAAUGGCGCUAUCUUGGCUCACUGCAACCUUCAUUUCCCAGUUCAAGCGAUUCUUCUGCCUCAGCCUCUGGAGUAGCUGGGAUUACAGGCGCCUACCCCCAUACCCAGCUAAGUUAUGUAUUUUUAGUAGAAACAGGGUUUUACCAUGUUGGUCAGGCUGGUCUUGAACUCCUGAUCUCAGGUGAUCCACCCGCCUCGGAUCAGAAAAGGUUAUAUUUUGAUCAGAAAAGAGAUAUAUAUUUUUUGAGACAGGGUCUUACUCUGUUGCCCAGGCUGGAGUGCAGUGGCUGAUCAGGGCUCACUGCAGCCUCAAACUUUUAGGCUCAGGCAAGCCCCUGUCUGUCUUCUGAGUAGCUAGGACUACAUGUGUCACCAUGCCAAAGUUUUUUUUUUUUUUUUUUUUCUGUUGUAGAAAUGGUGUAUCGCUAUGUUGACUAGGCUAGUUUUGAAUUCCUGGCCUCAAGCAAUCCUCUCAUCUCAGCCUCCCAAACUGCUGGGAUAGGUAUGAAGUGCUGUGUCCAGCCAGAAAAGAUUCUUGCAAUGAUUUUUUUAAAUUAGUUGACAUUUGGUUUUUGUGUUUGUUUGUUUAACAUGUGGUCUAUCUUGGAGAAUAUGCUGAUGAGAAGAAUGUUUAUUCUGUAGCUGUUAGAUGAAAUGCCCUGUAAAUGUCUGUUAGGUCCAGUUGGUCUAAAUCUAAUGUUUCUUUGCUGAUUUUCUGUCUAGAUGAUCUGUCCAGUGCUGAGAUUGGAUUACUGAAGUCCCCAACUACUAUUGUAUUGGAGUCUCUGUGCCCCUUUAUUUAUUUAUUUUUUUCGAGACCGGAUCUCACUCUGUUACCCACGCUGGAGUGCAGUGGCGCGAUUAUGGCUCACUGUAGUUUCGACCUCCUGAGCUGAAGUGAUUCUCCUGCCUCAGCCUUUUGAGUAGUUGGAACUACAGCUAUGUGUCACCAUGGCUGAUUUGUUAUUUCUUUAAUAGAGUUUUGGAUUUAUCGUCUGCUUUAUCUGAUAUAAGUAUAGCUAUUUCUGCCGGGUUUGGUUUGCUUUCUGUGGAAUAUCUUUUUCCAUACCUGCAAUUUCAGUCCAUAUGAGUGUUUAUGGGUGAAAUGAGUUUUUUGCAGGCAGCGUAUAUUUGGGUAGGUAAUGGAAUUUUUUUUGUUUUUUUUUGUUUGUUUGUUUUAAUCCAUUCAAUCUUUCUAUAACUUUUAGGUGGGGAGUUUAAUCUGUUUAUAUUAAAGGCUAUUCUUGAUAGGUGAAGACUUACUCUUGUCAUUUUGUUAAUUGUUUUCUGAUUGUUUUGUAUAUCCUUUGUUUAUUCCACUCUUAAUGUUUAUCAUUGUGAUUUGGUGAUUUUCCAUAGAUAUAAGUUUUCUUUUUCUUCCUCCUUUGUGUAUCUACUCUACUAGUACAUUUUAUGCUUUUGCAUGUUUCCAUGAUGGUGAUUAUUAUCUUUUUGUUUCCAGAGGCAUUAGGCAUUUCUUGUAAUGCUGGUCUAGUUGUGAUGAAUUCCACCAGUUUUUGUCUGGGAUCUUUGGUUAUUUUUAUUAUGUCUUGUAUUAUUCUCUAUUUCUGUGUUUUUUCCCCAGUUAUUUCAGAGAAGAUUGGUUCUUACACUGUGACUAUCCUUUUCUGUUUAUUUCAUUUUAAUUUUCUUAGAGACAGGGUCUCCAUAUGUUGCCCAUUCUGGAUUGCAGUGGUGUGAUCAUAGCUCAUUGCAGCUUCAGACUCCUGGGCUCAAGCAAUCCACUCACCUCAGUCUCUUGAGUAGCUGGGACUACAGUUGCAUGCCACCUUACCAGGCUUUUUUUUUUCUUCAGAGACAGGGUCUCAUUUUGUUACCCAGGCUGGUCUUGAACUCCUGGCUUCAAGCAGUCUUUCCACCUCAGCCUCCCAAAAUUCUAGGAUUACAGGUGUGAGACACCAUAUCCUAUGCUGUGACUUUUCUUGUAUAUUGCUCUUAUGACUUCCUUUGCUUAGAUUUUUAAUUGUGGAAUGUGGUUAGUAGAUUCUGUAAUUUAUUGCAGCUUGCCUUUGGUACAUUUGGUUAUGAGUUAGUUAAUGGGUGGCCUGGAGGAAUGUUUUGAAGUUAGAUGACAUGAGUAAUACAAGGGGCUGGGCUUUUAGCUCAGAACAACUUGUUGCGAUUAUAAAAUGUUUUUCUAAUAACAAAUUAUUUAUUUUUAAUUUUGAUAAAAUACACAUAAUGGAAAAUGUACCUUUUAACAUUUUAAAUUGUACCAUUCAGUGGCAUUAAGUAUGUUCACAUUGUGUACAACCAUCACUACCACUCAUCCACAGAACAUUUUUUACCUUGCAAAACAAAUGCUGUACCAUUAAACAAUAUCUGCCAUUCUAUGCCCCCAUCCCAGCCCUUGGCAACCACCAUUCUACUUUGUCUGUCUAUGAAUUUGACUACUCUAAGUACUUAAGGUAAGUGGGAUCAUACAGUUUUUGUCCUUUCAGCACUAGCUUCUUUCACUUAACAUAAUGUCUUCAAGGAUCAUCCUUGUAGCAUGUGUUAGAAUUUAUUUCUUUUUUAAGCCUGUGUGAUAUACCAUUGUAUAUACAUAUUACCUUUUGUUUAUUCAUCUGUCAAUGGAUAUAUGUGUUGCUUCUACAUUUUGGUUCUUGUUAAUAUGCUGCUGUGAAUGUGGGUGUACAACUAUCUCUUUGAGAUCUUGUUUACAGUUCUUUUGAAAUAUAUACCCAUAAGCGGAAUUGCUGGAUCUUACGGUAAUUCUGUUUUUAAUAUUUUGUUAUGUUUGUAUUAUUUAUCUUAGAUUUUUUUCCUAAUCAGGUUUUUCUAGAAGAGAGCAGCUUUAGCAAGAGAAUAGAGAAACACAUACUUUUAAAGUAUUACCUCAGACUUCAGGCCUGUUAUGAUCGUAUCAGUAGCACCUGUGUACUGAAUAAGAGAACUCAAAGAAAGGUUAUAUCCGGCAGCUACCUCAAAGUUUUGUUAUCUCUACUUGCAAUUUUUGUUCCAUCAUUGAACAAGUGCUUGAGGGCUUACUGCAUGUGAGGCUCUUUAGACUAAGUAUUAAUGAAGUUUCUUUUUUGUCCUUGCAGCACCAGGUACAGCUUUGAUCUCAGUUUUCUGUCAAGUGAAUGGUUCUAUUUUGUGCUCAUUCGUUUACAGAGAUCCCUCUGACCACCUUGGAACCAGAAGGUGUGUGGUCAGAGUACCAUAAAUGGGCUGCUCUCUGCCACUCUCACAGCAGUUCUGCCCCUGCCCCCCACCUUGGGACCACUUGUUUUCCACAUUCCUGGCCCAUCCUCUGUAUAUAUCUGAUCCACAUUCCAGAGGAAACCUGUUUGACUUGAGUAGAUGCUUUGCCUCAGGAGUUGCUGGUUAGCCUACGAAGGGGUUUCCCUCGGGUUGAUGACAUUGCUCCCAUCCAGAAAGUGGCUACUCUUACCCUCCUACUCCCACCACUCUGCAUGCAGGAGCUGUUAUCAAAAGGGAUUUUUUACUCUCUGCUCUGUACCAAAGAAGUGCUGGGCUUCAUAAAUGUUGGUAAUAGAUGCCUGCAUGGGAUGCAAGUUGGUAGGCCCUGGGAUGGAUGGUCUGGUUCAUCUUCUGCAUCAGAACUGGAAAAACAAAAUCACACCAAACUGCAGACUUUUUUGGAAGAGCAUAUUAGACAAGGUUUGUGGACUGUUUGAUUUUUACCAAGAAAGAAAGUUUUCUCUUAGUAGGGUAGGAUUUCUGCUUGAGUGAGCUCUAAGAGGAUUCCCAGUUUGCAGGAGCUAUCAUUACAGCUGUCAUUUGUGUGGACCAGUAAGUUUUUCAAAUUUAUGCAUUUCAGUCAUCUAAUAUUUUUACUGAGCAUUUACCAUGUUCAGUAAUCGGGGCCCUGGGACUGUAACAGGAGAAGACAGAUGAGAUCCUUGCCUUCACCAAGCUUAUGUUUUUCUAUUUCAAGUAAAUUUGCCAUGACAAAAUUUCUAUCAGCAGAAGAGCCAGUAACUCCUAUUGUAAUAGGUUUUACCCAGUUUUAGAAAAGGAAUGUGGCUAAACUCUUGGUUCCUUGGUGUGUGUUUUUGUUUGUGUAUGUCUAGUACUUUUAUGUGUCUUUGGAGUCAUUUUUGAUUUAGAGUUUUGUAGAAAUUAUUGCUUAGGUGAAUAUAGGUAAGAAGGCUUAAGAAGCCUACAACAAAGGAGUCUGACAUGAACUUUGAGAUUUGUUCAGUACAGCUAAGAGGACAUAUUUAUGGUCUAACUAGAUCUUGGAUUACAGCUCCAAACACCACCGUUGGGCUGAUAGAGCAGGCUCUCAUUUCUCAGCCCUUUCCCUUGUCACUUGCAGUGAACUCUGCCCCCAGGGGUGGAGUGUCCAGUUCUGUGUCCAAGCACUCUAUGAACCUUUAUCCUUGUGGAAGAUAUACUCAGAGACAGAAGCAUUUAGAAAAGGAAAAGUUUACCUUCAAAGAGAGCAAGAGAAUGACUGGCUUGCCAGAUAAAAAACAUAAGUAUUUGAAGGAAAAAAUUAAAAACUGCCAAGGUUUCUGAGUUUGCAUUAGUCUGUUCAUGGGGGAAAAACAGUUAACUGCCUCAUAUAAUCAUUAUAUUCACAAAGGUUAUGGCAAAUCUUCAUAUGGAGUAUAUCAAAAACCAAGGAAAAAAUUUCUUAGGUAGUCCAGGUUUAUGGGAAACAUUCAAGGUUUUAUUGUUUCUUGGAUCAGAAACAAUUAGAUGGCCCUACUAUUUUUGUUUUGUCUUAGGGUGCAAAGUCUUCUGAUGGCAAUUGAUACAGUUUGGCUGUGUCCUCACCCAAAUCUCAUCUUGAAUUCUCACGUGUUGUUGGAGGGACCUGGCGGGAUCAUGGGGGCAGGUCUAUCCCAUGCUGUUCUCAGAUAGGAAGUCUCAUGAGAUCUAUUGGUUAUUAUAAGGGAGAGUUUUCCUGUACAAGCCCUUGUUUUGCCUGCUGCCACCCAUGUAAGAUGUGAUUUGCUGCCCUUUGCCUUCUGCUGUGAUUGUGAAGCCUCCCCAGCCAUGGGGAAACUGUUAAGUCCAAUAAACCUCUUUCUUUUGUAAAUU